CCUAUGUCCCUGCAGUCCGCCGAGCAAUCGAAGUCUCCGAUGUACCAGCUCCGCGUGCAUGGGUUUACGGAGGGAGCGCAUGUCAAGCGCAAGAAGCCUCAGGAUGACAAGACUGAGCACGGCACCAUAUAUAUGAUUUCUGCAAUGAAUGGUUCAUCAGUGGUGUUGGCCCCUACUGGUAGGUUCAGAGAGUUCCACGCGAUCACGUUGAGUCAACAAAGCUUGAAAGAGGGUUGGGCACCGACCACGACAAAGCCGCAGUUCCGAAUCAGUUACGCAACAUGCAGGCCAGAUACCAACCCAGAGUUUGUUAAGCAGCACAUCAUCGGGCAGUUGAUCGAUGCGCUGGCUGGUUUAUCUCAGAGAUCACACAAUUCAGGAUUCAUGGAGGAGCUGGAUAUCUUCUCGUCGCCGAAUACAGUCACCGUGAGGGCCGACAUCCCGAAGGACAAGCUGACUUUGGUACCAGUGACCAUGAAUAUCAAAACGAGACCUGCUAAAGAUAAAUGUGACCCUAAAGCAUGGGACCUUGGCACCAUCGCGUCGGACCCGAACACGACUGCCUACGCACUCCAUCCUUGCAUCGUGCUUCCCAAGGUGAAGGAGGAUAAACCUGGAUUCACCCCUCCGUAUUGGUUUGCACAAGAAGCUGGGGAAGGCCAGAAGGGCAACAUGAAGCCAUUCUUGGAAUCAAUUCCGAUUAGUACACCGAACGAGAAGGCUGAGGUAAAGGUGCCCGUGCUCAGGAACGCCGUCAGCCUCAAGACUGGAGAUGAGCUGUUGAUGGUGAAACAGAAAAAGAAGCAGCAGGGACCGCCCGUGACAGAGCCCAAGAUCAACUGA